CGCCGCUCCGCACUCGACAUCAUACCCCGUCGAGGGAGCGCGGCGUUAGCGGUUAGCCGUUAGCAGUCAUGGCCGGAGUGGUGAAGAAGACCACGGGAUUGGUGGGACUCGCUGUUUCACAAAACCCGCAUCAGCGUCUUAGGGUUCUGUACACCAAGAUUUUGGGUUCCCUCCAGUCGAUGCCCCAGGAUGCUGCCUACAGGAAGUACACAGAGCAGCUGAUCACUGAGAGAUUCAACCACGUCAAAACAGAGCCAGAUGUAGAGAAGCUGGAGAAGAAAAUCAACUGUGGCCAGAUUGAGGAGGUCAUCGCACAAGCGGAGUCGGAGCUUUUCUUGUCCAGGAAGAUGUCAGAAUGGAAACCAUGGGAGCCGCUGAUUGAAGAGGCUCCUGCAAACCAGUGGAAAUGGCCAAUCUGAGAGCUCAUAUUGAGGCUUCAUUCAUAAUAGACCAUUUAUUCAGUUCCAUCAAUGGGCUAUGUUGUCGAUGUAAGUUGUAUUUAUGUUUUAAAAUGAUGAAUAAACCCAAUGUUUAUGAUUGGC